UGACAGGACACGAACUUGAGUCUCAAGCCACCUACGGCUCCGCAGACUCACCGGCCGACUCCUCAACCGCGAAGCCACCCUUCCCCGGAACCUCAGCGCAGGCCGGGGCGCACGAGGCCGCUGGCCCACCUGCUCUCCCUGCCCGGACGCGUCCCGCCCCUUCUGCGGCCCCAGGUCAGCCUUUCACCCCACAAACCAGCCCCAGCUCCGGCCCGGAUCCGUGGGCAUCAAGAUGAAGGCGGCACGCUUCGUGAUGCGCAGCGCUGGCACCCUGAUCCCCCGCGAGGUCGAGCAUUUCUCGCGCUACAGCCCGUCCCCGCUGUCCAUGAAGCAGCUGCUGGACUUCGGUUCAGAAAACGCAUGUGAAAGAACCUCUUUUGCAUUUUUGCGACAAGAGUUGCCUGUAAGGCUAGCCAAUAUCCUGAAGGAAAUUUAUAUACUCCCUGACCAACUAGUAAAUACCUCUUCAGUGCAGUUAGUUAAGAGCUGGUAUAUGCAGAGCCUGAUGGAGUUGGUGGAAUUCCAUGAGAAAAGCCCAGAGGACCAGAAGGCGUUAUCAGAUUUUGUAGAUACUCUCAUCAAAGUUCGAAAUAGACACCAUGACGUAAUUCCUACAAUGGCACAAGGAAUCCUAGAAUAUAAAGAUGCCUGUACAGCCGACCCAGUCACCAAUCAAAACCUUCAGUAUUUCUUGGAUCGAUUUUACAUGAAUCGUAUUUCUACCCGGAUGCUAAUGAACCAGCACAUCCUUAUAUUUAGUGACUUACAGACAGGAAACCCAAGCCUCAUUGGAAGCAUUGAUCCAAACUGUGAUGUGGCAGCAGUGGCCCAAGAUGCCUUCGAGUGUUCCAAGAUGCUUUGUGAUCAGUAUUACUUAACAUCUCCAGAAUUAAAGCUAACACAAGUGAAUGUAAAAUUUCCAGGCCAACCAAUUCAUAUUGUGUAUGUUCCAUCUCACCUUCAUCAUAUGCUCUUUGAAUUGUUCAAGAAUGCAAUGAGGGCCACAGUUGAACACCAGGAAAACUGUCCUUCCUUGACACCAAUUGAGGUGAUUGUUGUCUUGGGGAAAGAAGAUCUUACAAUUAAGAUUUCAGACAGAGGAGGUGGUGUUCCCCUGAGAGUCAUUGACCGUCUCUUUAGUUACACGUACUCCACUGCACCAACGCCUGUGAUGGAUAGUUCCCGGAAUGCUCCGCUGGCUGGAUUUGGUUACGGCUUGCCGAUUUCUCGUCUCUAUGCCAAGUACUUUCAAGGAGAUCUAAAUCUCUACUCUCUGCCAGGAUACGGAACUGAUGCUAUCAUCUACUUAAAGGCUCUGUCUUCUGAGUCCAUAGAAAAACUCCCAGUCUUUAACAAAUCGGCCUUCAAACAUUAUCAGACGAGCAGCGAGGCUGGAGACUGGUGUGUCCCAAGCAAGGAACCAAAGAACCUGGCAAAGGAAAGAGUGGCCGCGUGAGGAGGGCCUCGCGGACACUUUAAGGGAUCAAAGUGGGUCUGUGCCAGCGCUGCUUCAGGAAUGUCUGCCCGUGAACCCUUGUUUCCUCAAAAACAAACAGCAGCAACAAAAACUCCUUGAUCGGAACACUGAUGUGAAGGGAAGAGGGCUCCUUUCUGUGACCCAGGCGAGCACAGGGCAGGACCGCAGGAGUAACGGCUGGCCAGCUCUUUAUUCUCCUCACUUAGAAUAACGCCUGAGUUUGUGUCACAUCCUGCAGAAGAAAUAAGCCUGUCUACCAUCUCUUUAUCAACAAAAAGGGGAAGGAGUGAGAAGGGAAGAUGAAGGCUAGCAGUUUCAACCGACUGAUACUUUAGGCCAUUGAUUGAUGUCAUCAGAUAUUGGUAUUUACGGCAGUACUUUCCUGCCACUCAAAGGAUGAGGGCUUAUUUUAUACUGUAUGAUUUGAAAUGUAUAUAAACAUAUGUUUCAUAAAUAUGCAUUCUAGAGGUGAAAAAUCAGUGACUAAAAUAACAUUUACUUCAAAUGAGGGCAAAUGAGCCAACACGCUUUAUUCAAAGUUGCGGCCAAGGCCUGGGUCUAUGUAAAAACUCAGAAGAAAGCCCCUUCUGAUAAAUAAGGUGCCUUUAUUAUGUUGCUUUUCCUGCUCACACCUCAAAUAAGAAGUGAGCACUUAUUGCAAGGUGCAUAUGUCUUGGUUGAAUUUAAAAUGUGCACUGAAUUCUGGACGUUGGCAGUUGGAGGGAGAGAAGAAUUUCCAAAGUGAUAGCAAAACCUCACUUUUCUUUGCUUACAAGUGAAACAGAAGUAGGUUGGAAAAACAAGUAUUAGGGAAAGAAAUCAGGCAUUCAGAAUCUAACUCAGUAGGAAGGCUGUUCUCCACCCCACAACGGUGGUGAUCCAAAGGCAUCUAUUUUCUAGGCUUAAAGAGAUAUAUACUUUUAUAUAUUUAACUAUGUUCUCUACACUCCACCAUUAACAUCUGAUAAAAAUGUGUAAUUAACAAAUGGUUCCAGAACAUUAGAAUUUAAAUACUUCCUGGAGUAUUUUUAACAAAGAGCCUGCGGGUAAGAGAUUCUCAUGCCAUGCAUGGAUGCUUUCAUUUGUAAAUUGUUGUGAAUGAGAGCUAAUGCAUGAAAGCUGUAAUGCAUAUGGCACAAAAAGGAAAGAAGGAAGGAAAGAACGAUGGAAAAGGAGGAGGGAGGGAAGCAGAAGGCAAGCAUCUUGCUAUGUUCCCCAUAAAUUAUUUCAAGAAAUGAUCCAUAUUAUCAUGGAUAAAUUAUUGACAAGAAGAUGAAUUGGUGUUUUUCAAAACAGUAUGGCUUCUUUCAGUGUUUUUUUCACUCUUGCAAGAUAGUAGGCUUUUACGAGAUAAUAAACUCAUCUGUGAAACUGGAAUAUUUUUUUUAAAAAAACCAGCUAGCAGUUUCUGUUUUGUAAAAUAAUCAGUGCCAUCUCUAUGUUGGACCUAACAUUUGUGGUUAAUUUUCUCCUGGCCUAGUGUUGCGGUGCUUCUGGUAGUGGCCAUAGAAGGCUCAGACAGUUUGCUGUGGAUUUCAGGUUUUAUCAUCAGAAGUCCUGGAGGAGACUUUCUUGAUUGUGGGACUCUGGCUCAUGCAUUUAUUGACUAUAUACAACUAUUUGCAAUAGAAUAUUUGACUUUUCAAAAAUCUAAACAUUUUUGCAUGUAAAUAUUUGUGUUUAUCAAAAGAAUUAAAGCAGUUGAUUAACAGUUAACCCAAAUACUGGGAACUGUCUUUAAGACACUAGAGAAUAAGAAAUGUUGGUAUCUCAGUAACAUCAAAUGUGUAAAUGGAGCUGUAUAAAAUAGAAAGAGUCCAUACUGGUAUUUGUGAAAUCUGUGGAAGAGCUUUAGGAUCCUAGUGGAUGGAAACUGAAUGUUCAGGCCCACUUAAAUUAUUAAUGUAUAAAUUGUGUUUUUGUGUCUAGGUUAUGUACAGAGAAAUGUGAUAAUUUUUAUAAUAAAUAUUUUUUAUUAUAAUGAUAGAUGUAAUCUUUUAAAGUGCUUUUCUUAAAUUAAUGGAAAUUAACUUUACAUCAAAUCUCAUUUAUAUUUUGGUUUUAGAAAAACUUAAAUCUGAAUUUUUAAAUGAAAGAUAAACACCUUAUAGCAUUCCAGAAAUUUCUGAUUGUCCUUUGCUUUCUUGGUUAUGCCCCAAUAACACAUAGUAAAAUGUAUGUUUAUCUACAUGAAUAAAUUAAAUAAUCAGUUUUGUAA